AGCGGCCAGCACACUCGUUAGCCGCAGUGCUUAUUUCUGUAUAAAUGACGUUGGCGGGGCAGCUCCUGGCUUCGUCACGUAUUCCCAUCGCUCGGGCUACACGUCAACUCUGUUUACCGGCUGGCGGGAGCACAUCGGACAGCCGCGACUCAGUCUGCGCUCUGUCCCUUCCCGAGCUCAAGCUGCCGCGGAGCGGUGGAAGUUCUGCAGCAGUCAUGUUGAAGAUUAACAGCCGCUUGCUGCAGGCGCAGCUGGCGAGCACACCUGUUUGUCACAAGGAGAGUGAAGAUGUUCAACAGGAACGGAAAGCCCUGCAACAACUAGCCACAAAUCUUCGGAAUGUUUGCAAGAUGACAAACGACAGCAUUUUCUGUGGUCUGCGAAUCCCUGACCGGUUUCAAAAAGUAAAGCAAGAAAUCAGUUUGGUUGUCCUCACAGGAAAGGGAGUCUUUUGUAUUGACGUGAAGAAUUGGGUGGGAGAGGUGAGCCGAGAUGGCAAGCACUGGCUUGUUAAGCACAAGGGGGAGGUGGCUGGGGAAUUCUCAAGAAGUGUCCAGCACCCAGACCCCCUGCUCGACAUUAAGAAAAAAAUAGAAAAUCUUUGGAAUUUCCUUGUCGAGAAAGGCGUGGGCAUCAAGAAGAAGCAGAUGCAUCAUAAGGUUAUCUUCAUUAAUCCCAAAUGCCAGUUAGAAGCUGAGUUACAGAAGAACGAGGACAUUGUUGGACCGGAAGAUGUGGACAGCGUCAUGCUCUGUUUUCAGGACUCAUACCUUACAAGUUUAACUGAUGCGAUAACACCGUACUGGAUAACGGGGCACCUUUCGUACCAACAGCUGAAGGAGUGUCAGAGCGCGCUGCGUGGCAUAGGCACGUGGGACGUAGUGGAGCUUCAGGGAGGCAUGCGUCUGCUCGGGGAUUACAACGGCUGUCCCAGCGUGGCCCUGGACCGCAAGGAGACGGAGCUGCUUGAGUUCUCCCACCAGAGGAAUGCCACCAUGGGCUACGUGUGGGCCAUUCUCGGCUACACCCCGCAGGUGACCGUGAGGAUGUUUGAGCGAGGCGGCAGGAGCUGGGGAUGGCAGCCGAGCACGGGCACCGCCGUCAUUCCCUACAACGCCCACAUCGUCUUCCGCGUGUGCGGGGAGGACGCAGACGCCAAAAUCCCCGCCAAUGACAUUGACAGGAUCAUCCUGAGCAUAUGAGAUUGAUUCGGCGUUAAAAAAAAAAUCAUAACCUCGGCGCAUUAACCGCCGCGAUGUGCCGCCAUCUCGGCCGAUCAAUUAACGGGAUUUGUGUUUUAACUAAUCGAAACAUAAAUCUCAUCAGCCCCAGGUCAGUGGACAUGAAAGGGUGCAACAUCACAACAUUAAUAUGUUUGUCUUUUACUUACCACACAAGGACAUUUGACUGGAAUACAGGAUGGAGAUUUAAUCAGACUGGCUUGAGGGCUGUUUGGCUAAUGUAUAUAAAAAAAAACUCAACCUCUUAGGAUAGGAAUAUAAAUUGGUGAUAAAUAUUUCAUAUCAUCUCACAAUAAGUGGUUUCAUUUUGAAAAAUAAUCAACGUAACCAACAGCCCCGCAUGUUUAAAUGCGCACUCGUGAUUGAUUUUGAAAUAAAAUUUUUACAUUGUUAAUCCUUCACGUGUAUUUAUAUUACAAGCUCAUAUAUUCUUUUAAAAGUUAAAGUCAAUGCAUGCUUUUUAAUUUUUCGUCAUGAAUUAUCUGUUCUUGUAAACAUUCUGUGGUCUUCUGACUUAAGGUUUGUAUGGUUCAAUGAUCUCUAUAAACUUGAUUUGAAUUGC